AUGACCCCGGGUUGGGUCCAUUACGGCCGAUUCCACCGCCGCCGACGCCAGCGCACCGUCAAAGGGGGGGGGGGGGUGCUGCCACCGCGCCAACCGCGAGGCACUCGGGAGCAGCGAGAGAAAGAGAAGCGCGGGGAUUUCGGGUGGGACAAGGCAGCAACCGCCGCGGACGCGGACACGGCGCCACAACGCGGAGAAGAGGCGCGAGCAGCUUCGCGAGAGCAGCACAGCGGGUCCUGCGGCAGAGAGCUAGGGAGGGAGGAGAACAACGUGGUGUUGCUACUGCCGCUGCUACGCCCCUCCGCACCUGCAGAUUGCUACUGCCUUUGCUAUGCCCCUCGUUUUCCUGUCAUCCUGCUGUUCCUGCAGAUUGCUGCUGCCACUAAUGUGCCCUUCCGCACCUGUCCCCCUGCUGCUGUCUCAGAUUGCUGCAUCCACUGCUAUGCCCCUCGUUUUCCCGUCCCGUUGCUAUUGCUACUGCCACUGCGAAGCCCCUCCGCACCGAUCCCCCUGCUGCUGCUGCAGAUUGCUACUGCCACUACUAAGCCCCUCCGCACAUAUCCCCCUAGUGCUGCUGUAGAUCUCUGUGAUCACGGGUUGGGGGUGACAACCCGGGCUGGUGCAGGUCGUGCUGCCUGCGCAAAGAGGCAUGGGGGACGGAAGGAAGGGGACAGUAGAGACGGGAGGAAGGGGACGGAAGAGAUGGGAGGAAGGGGAAGGGGACGGAAGAGAUGGGAGGAAGGGGAAGGGGACGGAAGAGAUGCCCAGCUGGCGGGUCUUAAUCUUCUCGGUAUUGACCCCACGGCGCGCCAAAGCCAACUUGAUGGACACCGAGAAGAUGAGGCUGCCGAACGGGAUGAGGAGCUCACGACGAAGAACGACUCCGUCAAAGAGAAAUCUGCAGCAGCUGUCGCGAAGAUCCAUUUGGAGAAUAAAAAACGGCUGCAGGCGGAGUUUAUCGCUUCUAAAGAACUGGAGGUUGAAGAAAUUCAGGCAGCUGUCGGCACGCAUGUCACGACUCUGGCGACGAAGAUGGAAGAGUACAUCAAGGGCCUCAGCUCCGACCCCGAUCUGGUGGUUUCUGAUGCCGCCAAAGAACGCUAUAGGCGACUGAAGGGGCGGUGCAUCGAGAAGGCUCAAUCUGACAUCGCGGCGGCCAAGGAUGAGAUGACCAUCCGAGAGAUCGAUCGACAGCAUAAGCUGGCGGCUGAGGAUUUGAAGAAGGCUGCUGCAGCUGAGGAGGUGCAGGAGAUGGAAAUGGAGCCUGCGAUUGAGGAGAUUCUAGCUAAGCAUGCCAAGAAGAUUGAAGACAAGCUUCGGCGGGAGAUUACGCAGAAGCUUGAGGCCAGUCUAUCUAAGAAGCUGCAGAAGAAUCUUCACAUCGGAGAGCAGAACUCUUCGCAGGCCGCAUCCGCUGACAAGAAGCAGACGGCUCAACCUGGGAGGCAGGACGGUGCACCUGGGAAGCCUAAGCCGAAGAAGAAGCGGGGUGGUAAGACUCCAAAGAAGCAGAAUUCCAGCGCCGACAAAGAGCAGCAGGCGAAAGGCCCUACCACAUCGAAGGCCAAGGGACCAAAAAACGGCGGAGGCAGCCCCGAAAAAGGGCCGCACAAGAAGUGA